AUGGCUGAACCUCGAUGUGGUAUCCCGGAUGACGUACAUCCAGAAGUGAAAAAGAGAAAGAAACGACAGGCCUCGAAGACAUUAAAAAUCGCCUUCCAGACAUGGUCGCGGGUUAUACCAAAACAUUUCAAGUUCACAAUAGAAAAUCCGGAUAUCGCCAUUAAGUUUGCACGAGGUAUCCAUGGUGACGGCUACUACAAUGGAUUUGACGGAAGAGGAAUGACGUUGGCCCACGCUUUCCGACCCGGGACGGUCCCCCUUGCGGGAGAUACUCAUUUCGAUGACGACGAGGAAUGGUGUCGAGAAGGAAGAGGAAACGCUACCAAUCCCGACCUACUCGCUGUGGCCAUACAUGAGUUCGGACACGCCAUUGGUCUAGAUCACUCUGCGGAUUACGAUAGUGUGAUGUCAGCCUUCUUUUCCACCAGUAAGACUGAACUCACAUAUAGUGACAUCAGAGCCGCUCAAACUAUUUACGGCUCCAAACGAGUAUAUGUUCCACCACCUCAAGACAAUUCUGUUACAAGAACAACAUCAAAUAUACCCGGGAACAACACUGCACAAACACCCCGAUCCCGGCAUAGACCUACAACGACCACUCAAUCUCCCACAAAUAACCGCCGACGAAACACUACGCCCAAACCCUGGUUCCGAUUCAGACCUAGAACGACGACUGAUUCACCGACGCCGACGCUAAAGAAGCUUUCGCCGUGCCAGGGUGUCGACGCUACUUUUUUAGGAAAUGACGGUUACGUUAGUGUUAUAGUAAACGAUACGUUGUUCCAAGCCGACAGGCGGUCCGGCACCCGGAAGUCCUUAGCGCUGAGGUCAAUUUAUCCCAACGCCCCAAUUCCAGUGGGAGCAGCAACUUAUGUAAAAGGAAGAUUGUAUCUAUUUAAAGACAACUAUGUUUGGCGUUACACCAAAUACAAGCUGGACUAUGGAUUUCCGAAGAAAGUAUUGACCCACGAAAAUGGCGAGUACCCUCGGGCCGCUAAAACUAAAUUUUGGGAAUGGAGUAUUUGGCAUGAUAAUGUUAUUGGCCGAAGGCAGUAUGACAUCACACAAUUCUGGAAAGGUGUACCAAGCUCUCCCGAUGCUGCGGUAACUUGGUCAGAUCAAGCUAUUUACUUUGUGAAAAACGAUAUGUAUUACAAAGUUAGCCAAAGAACAAGAAGACUUUCAAGACGUUUUCCAAAGCACAUGCCUGCACCAUGGAUGAGGGGUAUAUGUGAAAAGAAGUAA